AUGGCCACCAACUCUAGCAACAACAACGAUUACGCCCGAAUCCCAACAAUAAUAUGGCAAAUCCGAACCCUCCGCAACAACCACGAGCUAGACGGCAUCGCCAUCUGGAACGCCAUCCUCACCCUCCGAUUCCCCCCAGCCCAAGGCUUCAUCCACCCACAAAUCCACAACAUCUGGCACGGGGACCCUGACUCCUUCACUCUCGAACUCACCCACUUAAGAUACGGCCAGCAGAACCCCGUUCUGGCACUGUACUACCGAAGCGUUAAUCGGCGUGAUGAUAACCAAUGGGACUACGCACAGCGCGCGCUGGAGAUGUAUCUUUCGGCUCGGUUUGGGGAUCUCGCGGAAUAUGCGUUUCCGGUUUAUGGGAUCCUGGCGAUUGGUGUGAAGGUGAAGGUUUUUACAUACGAUGGGCCGUCGAGGAGUAUUGAGCCGUUUGUUCCGCCUUGGGAUUUGGAGAGACAUCACCAGCUGGUUUGGGAUAUGCUGGGCAUGAUUGCUGGGAUUCAUACCGGUGGUAUUUCGGAGAUGGGAGGUGGUGUGGAUGUCUUGGGUGGGGAGGAUAAGAAAGAUGAGUGA